GGCCUAGGGUUUUCACGAUCACUUGAGUUUCCACCUUCCGCUUCCUCCCACCCCCAGACGCCGUCCUCCCUCCCCGCGACGACGCCGUCCUCCCUCCCCGCGACGACUCUCUCUUCCCUCUCCGAGGACCUGCGCUCCUCUCUCUCCGACGCCCUCCUCCCUCCCCGCCGACGCUGUCCUCCCUCGCCGCGACGUCGCCCUCUUCCCUCUCCGACGACCUGCGCUCCUCCCCGCGACGACGCCCUCCUCCCUCUCUCUCGACGCCCUCGUCCCUACCCGCGACGACGCCCUCAUCCCUCCCCGCGACGACGCCCACUUCCCUCGAUCUCUGCAGAUCUUGGCGAUUUCAUGCCGUUUCAUUUACAUCAAGCACAAGGAGCUGCUUAUGGCAUCAGAGGAUUCUAAAGACCUGCUGAAAAACGUGGACUGGAAGACAGUGGGCAAUACUGGUUCCAGUGAACCAGCUGGUCCAGUGACGAAGAAACGGCUUCCGAAAAAGAUUAGACAAGUUCCCGAGUAUUAUUUUCUUCCUAAACGAUCAUUAUCUUCUGCAAUAGCCAUAUAUGGUGCUGUAAUUGCUGCUGGAGUUGGUGCAGGGAUGCUAGCGGAGGUUUGGAUAAACAAAAAGAUCAAAGAGGACGGUGGUGGUGUCAUUUGGGAGAUGGGCAAAUAGUAGAAGUCUCUACUGUUCAAAUGCAAAGACAGAUGACUACCCAGCUCGAAAUAUUGAUUGCCGUCGCUGAAGGGCAAUAGUUGUAGCUUUAAAGAAACUGGAAUAAAUAUUAUGUGCCCAUUGGAUUCUUCAUGUUUCUCUCUUUUGAAUGAAAGCUCGAAGCAGAAAAGAAUUCCCCCUUCCUAAGGUUGAGGAUGGGACAUGUACUCUAUGGUUUAGUAUGCUUUGAUGAAAUGACCUAUUUAUAACGAUGUUAUAUUGACUCUUAUUGUCAUUUUUGAGAUUGGGAAAUCCAUUAUUUUGUUAUCCUACAUUAAAACUGAUUGAUCAUUGUUAUUAUGAAAAAAAAAAGACUAGGAAACACUGAAUGUAUUUCUCCUGUUUCAUGAGA